GUGUGAGGUAUCAGAAACAGAAACGAUCCUUAUCUCUGCUUAUCCACUCCCAACCCAAAAGGAAGUGCUUCAGAAUGAUGCAAUAUCUUAUUCUGUGGCACUCAUUUAGCUAAUGCUUUCUUGAACAGUAAGCUUCGUCAGCACAGAACAAAAUGUGUGGAUGUCGAUCUGCAAUUGUGGUGGCCAAACCCUGUGUUCAUCCUUUUCUUGAAGAAUUUGUGCCAAAUCUUUUGGAAAAGGAAAACAAAAAUAAAAUCACGAGAAUCCACACAAUAUGAUUGUGCAUAUAAAGGAGUUAAAAGAAUGAGCCCAAAUAGGACCAUUGAUUUGAACGGGGCAUCUAAUUAGUAGUACUAACAUCACGUCGGAUUGGUACUUUUAGUGACUGCGUUCUCUCUAUUAUUCAACAUGCUACACAUGAACAGUGUUCUCCACAAACUCCAUCCACCAAUGUUCUUAUGAACAGUAUAAUACCGUAAUUUCACAUCUCAGCCGUCAGUAUGAUCAUCUGCUUUCAAUAUCACCCGUCCGAUUGGAAUCGGAAGCAAGCACUCUAUUUCUUUCAGUUCUCCGAUACCCUUCUGUUGACUGGGGGUAGCUUUGGACCCACUAAAGAAGCGGAUCUUUUCUCCAAUAAGAAAGCGGGUUGUCGAAAAGCGAGUAGGGAAUACAUUAACUUGUUCUUUCCAAGCCCCACACCCAUGCGUCCAACGAAUCAACGGUCAGAUUACAGCCUUCGGUUCGAACAGCUCUCAUCCGACGGCUAUCCAUUAACCUCCCCUGUGGGUAUAUAUAUCUCUCCUCUCCUGUGCGAGAGGUACAGAGCGGGAAAAGAAGCGUUCGAAGACAUCAAGAAAGAAACAGAGGGAAGUGAGUUCGGUUCUGCUCCGAUCCUUCGCGGAGAGGAAGAGAGAGUGAUUUGGAGACGGCGAUCGAGGAGGAGAUCGAGGUGCCGUCGAUGGAGACAGCGGAGGAGGAGAUCGUCUACAAGACCAAGGUCGUUCGGUUCGUCGGCUGCGGCAUCCCGGAAGACCCUUGCCCUCCCCUCGAAAUCUGUGAUGUUUUGCCGCUAAGGAAUCAUCUUAAUUUGAGCCUGGACGUCUCGGAGGUCUCGCUGCAGAAGCUGCUCUCGCUCGUCGCGGAAAGAUUGAUCGACCCUAACUGCAACGUGCAGGAUGAUGGACAUGUCAACAAUCGGCAGCAGAACAUAUCUGAAGCAAUUGAUCUGCUGCCUCGGCUUGCGGCUGGGAUCGAUGUAAACGUGCAUUUUAGGAAGAAUAAACUAUUUUCAAUCUUCUUGAUAUUGGUCUACAUCAUGGUUGGAUUGUCGAUCCCCAGGUAACCUUAUGUGAUCAUCUAAUCCAUCUUAGCUUUUGGCACUCGUUGUAUCCUCUGUAGGUCAUCUUCUACAAGUGUUCUUUCUCUAUGCAUCUUGAAGAACUGUGGCAUUUUCCUUGACAUGAUGGUUUGAUGCCAUUCCUUAUGUAUAAAUUUGUUCUGAUGAUGUGCAUUUGCUUACAGUCAUCUUUUCAUCUUCUGUUUUUUUCCUCUGAAGAUAUGAUUUGCAUAGGGUGCUUUGUAUUUUUUUUUUUUUUUUUGUUUAUCCAAGAUUUUGUUGUGUUCAUGUGCAUUUAUGAUGUUGUUGCUUAUAUAUUUCGAAUUUUGACUGUAUGCUUGUCCUAUUUUGGUGCUAAAUGACUUUGACUCAUGUUCUUUAAUGCGUAACCUAAUUAUUGGUUGGCAAAUUUUAGGAUGUAUAUGGUUUUGUUUGUUUUGAUUAAUGACCCACACAGUGCCAUUUUUGCUGUAUAGAAAUAAUGUUUUAGUGUGGCUGUUUCCUUAUUCUUAUUUCACCCAGUCAUUGUUGUUACUUGAUAUCAAAAUGUAUCAACCUUUUUUGUUCUUUUACUUCAUGGGGCAAGUCUCUUGUGUGACUAAACAUGUUAUUUUAGUUGUACUGCUUGU